AUGGAUGAGUGCGGUCCAAUAUAUGUUAUAGAAUGGAAGGAAAGUCCAGGCGAUCAAUGGACUAUCUCAGAUAAAUCGGGGUUUACGACUCAUUUAUUCAAAUUAAAUGAAGACGCCAACAAAGAUAUUGUGUACUGUAAACAUUGCCGAAAGCAGUUCAUCGGCAAGAACAGAGAUUUAAUUGGUUUCCAUAUGAACAAAAUCCAUCCACAAAUCACAACUGGAAUGACUUAUAAUCAGUAUCUGCAGAUUUUCAAACCCACUUAUGUACCAAACGCCCAUGGUGACGAGAAAAACAGGGAGAACUCGUUCAGCAUAGGUCUCAGACCGUACGUUUUGUGUCCAGAACGAUUGCCUGAAGUACUCUACUUUGACGACAUAGCGACCAUUAUACAUGAUAAGUUCCCUAAAUCUGAAGAACAUUUUUUAGUUUUGCCAAGAAGUCAUAAGAUCAGCAAUUCUCAUCCCACCACAAUCGACAAUGGCAUCAAGGUGCAGCUUCAAUGGCAUAUUGAUUGGGCUAAACGAUUCUGUUGGACUCAAUUCAUAAAAAAAUAUGACAUAAAAGAUAUAUCCUUGAAAGAGAAAGAAGCUUUCUUGGCGAAUUUUGUCCAAUCAGGAGUACAUAGCACUCCAUCAAUGGCUAAUACACAUAUACAUGUCAUGACAAGAGAUUUCCAUAGUAAGAAAUUAAAGCACAAAAAGCAUUUCAACUCUUUCAACUCCCCGUUCUUUAUACCAUGGGAUGAACUACCUGUGUUGGACUUGCCUGGUGACAAGGAGCUAUCCGAAAGGUAUAUCAAGAACUUUGAGAUGAUAUGCCCCUAUUGUUCCACUAACUUCAAGAAUCGGUUUGCAAAGCUUAAGGAGCAUCUAGCAGAUGAGUUUAAUAUGCGUUUCGUGUCAAAAAAAGGUUUAAUAACUGCAGAUAGGGCUAUUUCAUCGUUUAAUAGAUUUACUAAUGAUUCAUAA